AUGGCUACCAUGAGAAGGCUGAAAUCUACGCUCAAGCUGGGCUCGAAAGACCACGACAACGACCUCUCCAACAAAACUUCUCUCAAACGAUCCAACGCAAAGCUACGGAAGAACGACUUGAGCAGCUUCGUCUUCGACAUACCCGAGGAAACCCCAGAUGACUUCCCAAUACCAGAGAUCCUUCCACCUCCAAAGCCCUUCAGGCGUGGCUACUCACUGCGGCCAGAUGCGACGAGCAGCAGUACGAGUGUGCUGUUGCAGCCUCCUGCACUACUGGGCAUCCCAUACGAUGCUAUAGAACCAGACUUUGCUCCGACAUUUACCAGGAAAGACUCACAGCAGAGUGAGUCAAGCUCCAACCGGAGGGAAUCAAAGACGCUUUCCAAGGUCUUCAGCAAGUGGCAUGCAAAGCGGCCUCAGCCCGUCGACAAUUUCACGAAGUGGGAUGAAGGUCGACCAUGUGCACAUCAGAGCCUACCUGCCCACGGUCUCGAUUUCAGCGCGACUGGUGUCGAUUCGAUUCUUGCUUCAGCUAUACUUGGGAUAGGCUCCGUUGCUGCUGGCCCAUCAAACCCGAACCACAAACGAGAGUCGGUCGAAUCGAACCCAUACAACGAGGCUAUGCGUGCCCGACGGAGCUGGGCUGAUAGACGAGAGAAUCAGGUGGAGUUUGCAGAUGACGACGAUUUUGAGGAAGCCUCUGGAGCCCGUUCAAGACAGAAAACGAAGAGACAAGCUAUAUGUGAGAUCGACUGGAGUCAGUACAACGAUGGCGAGGCGAUUCGGGAACUGAUUCAAUCGUACGACGAAAGCAUCAACUUCGACCACAACGACAUCAGUCCUGUCGACAGUGGUGUUGGGCUUGUCGCAGACGAUGAGCCGGCAGUGGGGAAAGGCAAGACUCGCGCCGUCGAGUCGGUUAAUGGGCAAUCUGAACCAGAUUCCGUCGACCUUGAUGAAAUAGUUGCGAUGAAGCUGGCCUUUGAAGACAGCAUAAGAGCACAGAAAAGGACAUGGCGGGAGGAGAUGCAAGCACUUGAAGCCCAGCAGGAGGAAGCUUUAGAACGACUGCGACGGAGAGAAGAAGAACGCGAACGUCAAGAGGAGGCAGACCGGAUCCACGCAGAAGAAAUGGAACAAGCAGAACGAGCCCGCAUCGCCGCCGAACUCCUCCGACCACGCGAAUGCGUCUGCUGCGGCGAUGAAAAGGAGCCUUCGUCCUUCCCAGCUCAUCCCCCGACCUACACCUGCGAACACUCAUCCCAAACCUGCACCGACUGCAUGCACGCCUGGAUCUCGAGCGAAUUCACCUCCAAAGGCAGCACAGACCUCAAAUGCCCCGAAUGCCCCGAGACCCUCUCCUACGACGACGUCCACCGCGCCGCCACCCACGAAACCUUCCUCGCCUACGAGAAACUCCUCACGCGAACGCUCCUGGGCUCCCUCCCCGAAUUCUCGUGGUGUCUCAACCCCGCCGGCUGCGACAGCGGUCAAGAAAACAGCGCCAACAACAACUACAUGGAAUGCAUCGUGUGCAAAUACCGGCAAUGCCUGCACCACGCCUGCGCCUGGCACGUCGACGAGACGUGCGCGCAGUACGACUACCGCACGUCCGGGCAGAAGUCCCGCGACGAGGAGAAGGCCACCGCGGAGAUACUGGACGAGGUGUCGAAGAAGUGUCCCGGGCCUGGCUGUGGUUGGCGGAUCCAGAAGGUGGAUGGGUGUGAUCAUAUGACGUGCCGGAAGUGUCGGUGGGAGUUUUGUUGGUUGUGUCUGGCGAGUCAUCGGGAGAUUAAGAGGGUUGGGAAUGAGGCGCAUGAGGGGUGGUGUAAAUUCCAUUCGAGGAAUUUGGAGACGAGUUGGCCGUUUAAUGCUCAUGCUUGA